GCAAGGCAAAUUUAUAAAGGACAUUUCAUCAACAAGGCUUUACAUAAAACAUAAAAGCAGCAUAGGGAAAUAUGAAAAGACAUUUAAAUACACUUAAAGAGUUGAAUAGGAAAUAAGAACAGGAUCAAACAGAGCAGCAGUUACAGCGCAGCGUAAGAGUCUUCAGCCUUGAUUUAAAAGAACUGAGUCUCAGCAGACCUGCAGUUUGUUCCAGACAUGUGGAGCAUAAAACCUGAACGCUGCGUCUCCAGGUUUAGUUUUGACUCUGGGGGCAGAAAGCAGACCUGAUCCCAGACCACCUGAGAGGUCUGGAUGGUUCAUAGCGUAGCAGGAGAUCAGACAUGUAUUUUGGCCCUGAACCAUCCAGUGAUUUAUAAACCAACUGCAGCAUUUUAAAAUCAGCUCUUUGACAGACAGGAAGCCGGUGUAAAGACCUCAGAACUGGACUGAUGAGAUCCACUUUCUUGGUCUCAGUGAGGACGCGAGCAGCAGCGCUCUGGAUGUAAUUUAUUUAUUUCAGUUUCAUUUUGUCACUCAUCUGUGAUAUUUUGUGUUUCUCUGUGGUUCAUGUUUUUGUAUUAAAUUAAUAUUUAGUAUCUUUAAUGUUUGUUUGUCAGUGGUUUUUAUAGUAUAAUGUGUCAGGCUUCAAGUGAACGCAUCUCAGUCUGUUCAGGCCCCAUGUUCAAAGCAACUUACAGACAGUGCUUCUGCAAAAUAAAGAAAUACAGGAAAUAAUCCAAGCAGUAGUAUCAUAUAGAAUAAAUACAACAGAAAGUUCACAUUAGCUUUCUUAAAGAUUUAAACCAUUUUCAGAGCUGAAAACGUUUAAUUAACCUUUAAAUAUCUCAUAUAUAUUAUAUUAUAUUAUAUUAUAUAUAUAUAUGUUUAACUUGUGUAGCGUCUUGAACGUUUUUCGGUCUAUUUUAAGCUCUUGAGGUUGAACACGGUGUCGGUGAUGAUUUCUCCUGAGCAGCACUUGAACGCCUCCUCUCCUCUGAUUGGCCACCCUCCCUUCCGCUGCUCACUUCCCCUCUCUGAUUGGCCGCCUCGUGUGCCAGUUAACACAUUUUCCCGCCUCUGACACGAGCGGGCGGGGCCGGUGUUUGUGUCCGGGUGACGUCAGUAGUGGACUGUCCAAACCAUGAUGGCGGCGGCAGCAGCAGCGGAGCGGGGCGGUGGUCCCGGUUCUUCUCCUCCCGGCUCCUCCCGGCCUGCGGCGGCGGAUUAUUCGGUGUUGGUGGUAGUGGGCUCGCUGCGGCCCGCCGGCCUGUUGGAGCGGCUGCUGCGGCAGAUAGACUCAGGUGUGCGGUGUUGGCCUGUGGAUCUGGAUGUUUCGGUUCUGGAUCAGCAGCUGAAACUCUUCGUGUCGAGACACUCGGCCUUCCUGUCGGAGGACGUCCCAGGUCAGCGGACUCUGCAGCACAGCGGAGACCUUCUGGACACUCAGGUCGUGGUGAAUCCAGCUCACGACUUCGUCUGCUCGGAGGUUCGGCGGCUGGUCUGUGAUUCGUCCCGACACAAACUGUUGGUUCUGGCCGGUCAGUGUUUCGAAGACACCGGAGACAUCGUGCUGCAGAAAGGCUGCUUCUCCCUCAAAAACUUCAUCCACAUAUUUGCCGAUGAAGAGGUUGGAGAGUUGUUGAGCUCUGCAGACCCGGCAGUGAAGGCCAGCCUCACCCUCAGCUGUCCAAACUAUGGUCUUUGGAAAGACUCUGUGUUGGAGAAACAUAACUUGCAGGACUUCAUAAACAUCCAGAUCAACCCUCCGCUGGUUCUUCCAGAAAUGGAGGGUCUACAGGAGUUCACGGAGUACCUGUCCGAGUCGUUGGAGCCUGAGUCACCCUUUGACCUUCUGGAGCCCCCAAGCACCGUUGGAUUCCUAAAACUCUCGCGUCCCUGCUGCUACAUCUUCCCCGGUGGGAGGGGGGACUCUGCCUUCUUUGCUGUUAACGGUUUUAACGUCCUGGUGAACGGAGGCUCCGAUCCCCGCUCCUGCUUCUGGAAACUUGUUCGACACCUGGACAGAAUCGACUCGGUGCUCCUGACUCACAUCGGUGUGGACAGUCUCCCCGGGCUGAACAGUCUCCUGCAGAGGAAAGUAGCUGAGCAGGAGGAAGAGUCUGCUGGAUCUCAGACUGAAGAGGACUGGAUGAAAAACCUCAUCUCCCCUGAGAUCGGGGUGGUCUUCCUCAAUGCUCCCGACAGAUUGAAGUCCAUACAGGGAGAUCCCAGCGAGCUGCGGAGUUGUGACCAGGUGGCACUCACUCUGCAGCACCUACAAAGACUGGCAAUCAAACCUGAACCUCUCAGCCGGUCCAACGUACCCAGUAUAGAACCAGUUAUCUUGUUUCAAAAGAUGGGAGUUGGCCGUCUCGAGCUGUACACACUGAAUCCAGUCAGUGGCAGCAAAAACCUUGAAGCUUUAAUGCAGAUUUGGCCAAACAAUGAAUCAAAUGUAAAAGGCUCAGAACUUCCACUACCAUGCCUUGUUUCCAUUUGUGCUUUGCUGGUCUGGCAUCCUUCCAGCCCCCAGGAGAAGAUCAUCCGUGUCCUUUUUCCAGGGUGCACACCGCAGACCAAAAUUCUGGAUGGACUUGAGAAACUCAAACAUCUAGAUUUCCUCAAACAUCCGGUUUUGUGUUUGAAGGACCUAGAAACAUCCAAAACUGAGAAACAACCAAAACGAGCAGAGAGUCGGGAAAGCCUUAAGUCCCAGUCUAAAGACUUCAGACCCAGUAGUGCCUUGCAGAAAGACAAGCUUGGACGAGUAGAUGUCAAAAAACAGGAGGUGAAAAUGAAGCCAAAGGCAGCAGGUGACACUACACCUAAAGAGAAGAAGGAUGGGGAAGAAAAGCCCAAAGUAAAGGAUGCAGACGCUAAAUCAAAGCCACCGAAACCUGUUGAAAAGCUUGUUCCAAAGAAAGAUGUGUCAAAAGAAGAGAAAAAGGAAGUAAAAAAGAAGGACGAGAAGGCCCCUGCUGCAGUUGCAAAGAAAGAAGAGAGUGGAGAGAAGAAGAAAGAAGCGGUAAAGAAGGAAACUCUAAGUACAAAACCAAAGAAAGACAUCAAACCUGAACCAAAAAAAGACAGCAAGAAAGAUGUAAAAACAGAGGAGAAGAAAACAGCAAAACCAGCUGUUAAAGAAGUGAAGAAAGCAACAAGUGCAGCAUCAACAACAAGUACAGAACUAAAAAAAGCUUUGGGCAAGAGCGGGACUUUAAAGAAAGAUGGUACUCUCCCAAAGAAAGACACUUCGAAUAAAGGAACAAAAGGUAAGCCAGGUUCAAAGGAUCAGGAAAACCAAAAGGAGGCAGAUCGCUCCAAGGUGUCAACACCUGAAGACAUGACGGCUGAAUUUGAAAGACUUCGAUUAGAAGAUGACAAUGGGAACAGCGGUCAAACCUCGAAGGUCACUGCCGUCAUGAAUUCUAAUGGAGCAAAGGCCAAUGGGAACCAGACCCCGACAGUCGAGAGUCCAGAGACGUUUCGCUGUAUGGAGACAGACCAGGACAUGCUCACCACCUCCUCACCUCUUGCCAAGACUCCGCAAGGUGAUCUCAGUGUUAACUUUGAUCUCACUCUGACUGCAUACCAGCUGUUCGGGGGCGCCGUGAAAAACGGAACAGAUGACAUCUGCGUGAGCUUAGAGGAAAAAACUCUGGAGCUGGUCUCUCCUGCAGAUUCUGCCUCAAACUGUGAAGGACAUUCCCCUUUCUAUCAGUCCCCUGAAGACGACAUUCAGGGUUUAGUUGAGGACCGCAGGACCGGGGCAAGAGGAUCCAGUCUGGGCUUCGAGGAUUACAACCAGGGAGGUUCUUGUAGGACCUCUGAUGUGAGCUCCCUGAGGGAAGGUCUGGAAAACUCCACAUCCUCUCAGGACAAACAGUCCAGUCUUUUGAUGCUCAGUCCUUUCAAAGACAUUAUGCCAGACUCCUCCCCCACCAUGACCUCCAUGCCGGCUGAAGUCGGCUCUCCUCACUCUACAGAAGUUGACGAAUCCCUGUCUUUUUCUUUAGAGCAAAUACUGCCACCCACUGCAGUGUCACCCAAAGGACCCAUGGGAGACAGAGUCUACUCUAACGGACAUGUGAGUGACUCGGACUCCAACACAGGGACGGCCUUACUUCUGAAAUCAAACCAUAAUAGCCAUUGUGGAAAUGGAUCGGAGGAACACAUCCAUGGGAUGUCGGAACUCAUCUCAGAUGUUCCACAUGAUGUUGAUCUCUGCUUGGUGUCGCCUUGUGAGUUCCAGCACCCCAAGACUCCAGAGAACCAUCAUCAGCAGCAUGUUAGCUCUGGCCUCGCCACCGGUAACUCGCCAGACCUCUCCGACAACAACAACCACUCACAGGAUCAAAGCAGCAGCGACUGCCCUUCAGCCUACAGCCAGGAAACUCCACCCUCCUCAGUUAGCGACUCCCUCCCGACAGCCACGGACUCUGACGUCCCCCCCAGUACAGAGGAAUGUCCUUCUAUCACAGCAGAUAUCGACUCUGAUGAUUCCAGUAGCCUUUUCCCGCCCAGUCAUCCACAAGAUCGUCCCAGUCAACACUACUCCCACAUGGGAGGGCAGCUUUCCUCCCAUGACCCGCCACCAGCCCCGGUCAAGGAUUUGCCCCCGUUACCACCCCAGCCUGGAGCCUGCAUGGCCGACACAGAGGCUGACGGUUCAAGCAAGAACCCGAAGAGUUCAGCUGCCAAGACCAAGAAACCGACAGGUACGACGCAGAAGGUGACCUCUGGAAGUACCGCAGCCCAGAACGUUAAGUCCAAAGCCGGCAGCUCCAUGGGGUCACUAAAGAUGGCCUCCAGCCUCGACACAAAGCCAUCAUCCCGAAAUUCACUUGGAGGCUCCAGAAUUGGAACUGCAAAGCCGUCAUCCUCAGCUUCCAAAGCUGGAGCUUCCGAGGGUUCUGCGGUCUACGUGGACCUGGCCUACCUGCCGUCCGGCGGCGCCUCCUCCACCGUGGACCUGGAGUUUUUCAGACGUCUUCGCUCCUCGCAUUACAUCAUCAGCGGAGACGAUCCUGUGAAGGAGGUGGCGAUGAGGAGCAUCCUGGACGCUCUGCUGGAGGGGAAGAGCAGCUGGCCGGAGGUUCAGGUGACUCUGAUCCCAACGUUUGAUUCGCUGGCGAUGCACGAGUGGUAUCAGGAGACCCACGACAGGCAGAGGGAGCUGUCAAUCACUGUGCUGGGCAGCAACAGCACCGUAGCCAUGCAGGAAGAGACCUUCCAGGCCUGCAAGGUCGAGUUCUGAUCCCCGAGCCUCGCCCGCUGAAAGCCCCGCCCACCUGACCUCUGCGCAGGUGGACGAGGAAACAAAGGAGACAGAGAGUAGACUUUUGUUGUUGCCACGGUUACAUCCAGACCAGACCAGUGAAAGGUCUUGUUUAUUCAGGUUUCCUUAAAAAUCUGUCAGCUGAACCUGAAAGCCCCGCCCCCUUCAGUUGAGUCUGAGCAUGCUCAGUUACUCCACGCACAGCUGUCACUGUGAGUCUGAAGGCUGAUGAGACAGGAAGUCCAGUUUAAGGUUAAAGUGACAUUAUGUGAACGAGAUGCUGAUCUCUUAAAUACGGUUUCCUUUACACAUCCUGCACCUGUGUGACAUCACUGCCCGGUCACCACCUGUCGCCUCCUCUCUGCUGGAUCAGGACCUUCAGCUCACCUGCUAACAAACAGUAGCACAUUAGCAGGAGGCUAGAUAUUAACACUAAUGUCCCAAUUUGAUUCAAUUUCAGUUCAAGAAGUAGAUUUGAUUCUUGAAGGCAGGGUCCCCGCGGUUCCUUAAAACGUCUCAAAACGUCUUAAAUUCUAAUCUGGAGCAGUGGUAACCACGGAUUCAAGCGCUGCGCUAGCCCACCGAGUCGUACGCUGCAGCUGGCGGUUUGGCCGUAACGUUACGUACUAGAGAUGAUUUGUCUACUGCGAAUGUGUCCGCUCUGCAGCGGUGGAGCGUAACGAAGGACAUUUACUCAAGUAUUGUACUUACUUUACAAAUUCAGGGUACUUUGCUGCCGCUUUCUGCUUUCUACUCCGCUACAUCAGAGGCAAAUAUUGUGCUUUUUACUGCACUACAUUAGACGGCUUUAGUUACAGUUUUCAUCCCCUUCCUGUCCAGUGGAAACCUCGUAUCUCCAGGUGUUUGUGACGAGCUGAAGGAUGAAGAGUUUCCUUCACGUGCUGAGGAAACUCUCCUCCUCCUGAAGCUGAAUAAACUCUUUAACCCCCCCUCGGAUCAGCUGCAGAACGCAUCGUCACAGAGCUGAAAACAGGCUGUUUCUCUGAUACGAGGUUCUCGCAGGACGGCGACGCUGCAAACACGUGAUGACCUUAUAGACCAUGAUGCAUUGCUGCAGGUUAAACUACCCAACAGGAUAUAAAGCAGUUAGAAUGAGCUCAGCCUGAAACAUCUGCAGC